CCCGCGUCCGCCCGGAGCCGCCCGCGCCCCGGGGCGCCCCGCCCGCCAUGGGGAACACGACCUCGUGCUGCGUGUCGUCCAGCCCCAAGCUCCGCAGGAAUGCCCACUCCCGGCUGGAGUCGUACCGGCCCGACACGGACCUGAGCCGCGAGGACACGGGCUGCAACCUGCAGCACAUCAGCGACCGGGAGAACAUCGACGAUUUGAACAUGGAAUUCAAUCCUUCAGACCAUCCUCGGGCCAGCACAAUAUUCCUCAGUAAAUCUCAGACGGACGUGAGAGAAAAACGCAAGAGUCUCUUCAUUAACCAUCAUCCUCCAGGACAAAUAGCAAGGAAAUACAGCUCCUGCUCCACUAUUUUCCUAGAUGAUAGCACAGUCAGUCAACCAAACCUCAAGUAUACAAUUAAAUGUGUAGCUCUUGCAAUAUAUUAUCACAUCAAAAACAGGGACCCAGAUGGAAGGAUGCUCUUAGAUAUUUUUGAUGAAAACCUUCAUCCUCUUUCGAAAUCCGAAGUGCCACCAGACUACGACAAACACAACCCAGAGCAGAAGCAGAUUUACCGCUUUGUUCGGACCCUCUUCAGUGCUGCUCAGCUGACAGCUGAAUGUGCCAUUGUCACCCUGGUAUACCUUGAAAGACUCCUAACGUAUGCAGAGAUAGAUAUCUGUCCGGCCAACUGGAAGCGAAUUGUGCUGGGGGCGAUCCUGCUGGCCUCCAAGGUGUGGGACGACCAGGCUGUGUGGAACGUGGAUUAUUGCCAGAUCCUGAAAGACAUCACGGUGGAGGACAUGAAUGAGCUAGAGCGACAGUUCCUUGAAUUGCUCCAGUUCAACAUCAAUGUCCCUUCCAGUGUGUACGCCAAGUAUUAUUUUGAUCUUCGCUCUCUGGCAGAAGCAAACAACCUGAGCUUUCCCUUGGAGCCUCUGAGUAGGGAGCGGGCCCACAAACUGGAGGCCAUCUCUCGCCUCUGCGAGGACAAGUACAAGGACUUACGAAGAACCACAAGGAAACGGUCGGCAAGUGUCGACAACCUGAGUCUGCCGCGGUGGUCGCCCGCCAUCAUCUCCUAACCGCGGUGUCCCCACUCGAGGCCGCCCCGAGCCGCCCCUGCGGCUGGAGAAAAGACAGACGUUGGGGUGGUUGGCGUUUUUGGUUCCCCCCCGCCCCCAUCCUUUUUUAACUCAUAGUUCUGUCAGGCUGCCUUCACGUCCACCCCUGCGCUGUGUCCCUGCACAGGGCAAGGCUUCGAGGGACGCAAGAGGAGUUCUGGAGAUCCUGGGUCACACCUUUCCCCGUGGCUAACAGCACUUCCCUCUAGAGGAAACAGACUUCAGUCCUGAGGAGCUGGUGAAGGGCAGGGACGUGAUUGGGUGGCCUGGCCGUCCAUUCCUGAGUUCCCGCCCCGUCGGGAGUGUAGGAGGUGGGAACCGCGCUGUAGGUAGCAGAGUUGGACGCGCAUUAAAGACGGGAGGGCGCGCCCUGUGGAUCAGUAUGUUGUGUAAGACUUCCUGCAUUCCUUCUUGCUGCUUUUUGGAAUCUGGGGGAUUUUUUGUUCGUUUUUAUUCUGUUUAGUUUUGGUCCCACAGAGCAGAGAAUAUAGUUUGUACCCACCAUGGCACAGACUUGCAAAUAAAUAGUACUGGUUGUUUCUCUCUGCACUAUUUUUGUGAGCCGUCUUCUGAGCUUUCUUCCCCACUGUGGGAUAUGCUUGUUACAUUGAUGUACAUCUUUAUUUUAUAUUGUUUCUCUUCAACAAUGGCAAAAUUAAUGACUGUAGUGCUGAACCAAAAGUAUCCCUUUCCUUCCUUCCUCCCUCACCCCAAGAACAUUCUAGAUCCCAUGGGUGCUUGUGCCUUCCAAUUUUCUUGCAGUUGUUAUGUUGUUGUUUUUCACGUUCCUUUUUCCUCUGACCUGGAGUGAUAG